CAUUUGUAUGAUUAUGCUAUCAGGGAUUAUAUUUACCUAGAAUUUUAUAUCAGAUAGAACUCGUAAUCGUUUUACGUAACAACGCAGUUGGAACGAUCAUUAUGCAUCUUCCUUUGUACAUGAGUGGUGCCGCAAAAAAUGUACACCCUUUCCCUGGCUUUGCUUCUUAUCUUUGGAAUUACUCAACAAGUCGAAGCUGAAGAAAUAUGCUUUGACGAUGUCGGAUGCUUCGCCGAUGAUCCUUGCCACAUCCCCGGUUUUCCACCACGAUCGCCGGACAUCAUCAACACACGCUUUCUGCUCUUCACGCGGACGAACUGGGACGAUUACCAGGAGCUGAACCUGCACGAUGUCGAAGGACUGCGGGCUUCGAAUUUCGACCCGAAGAGGAAGACGAAGAUGUUCGUGCAUGGCUGGUGGGCGUACGGACUAGAUCCGGAAGAACUCGAGAGGAAGGAUGCCUUCCUUGAAAUGGAGGAUGCUAAUGUCAUCCUGGUCGACUGGGAGAGGGGAGCGGCGGAGCCCCGCUACGGGGUAGCCCAUCAGAAUACCAGGGUGGUCGGGCGACAGAUUGGACAACUUGCCCGCUUCUUGAACCUCGAGACUGGAAUGUAUUUCAGGGAUGUUCAUCUGAUCGGUUCGAGUCUCGGGGCACACGCCGCGGGGUACGCCGGACAGUACCAGCCAGGAUUCGGUAGAAUUUCAGGCCUUGACCCCGCUGGCCCAUACUUUCGUGACGACGGAUUUGACUUUCGCGAUAAUGGACCCGACUGUCGACUGGAUCCGACGGAUGCCAUCUUUGUUGACGUCAUCCAUACUGAUGCCAAUGAUAUCACAGGUCUAGGACAGAUGCUUCCGCUAGGACAUCAGGAUUUCUACCCCAACGGUGGUCGCAAGCAAACCGGAUGUAACCUCAUCGAUCUGUUCUCAGGAUGUAGUCAUUCCCGAGCCUGGAAGCUUUUUACCGAAAGUAUCCUCUCCACUUGCAGCUUCACUGCGUACCCAUGCGAGAGUUGGGCGCAGUUCGUGGCCGGUAACUGCGGCGAUUGCGGCACGCGCGGUUGUCCUGUCAUGGGUUACCGCGCCGACGAAAACACCGAGGUUAAGGGUAAAUUUUACCUGCACACGAAUGGGGAUUCUCCAUAUUGCAUGGACUGAUGCUGAAGUAGUAAGCAACUGGGACUCAACAUCUUGUUUCAGAUGACACACCUCAUUUUUGUCAAUAUUAUUUUCAUUCCAUUGAUAUUCAAAUUUACAUUUCUUUAUUCAGAUAGAUGUAUUAAUCAAACCUCCAACAACGGUAUUUGCCUGAAUCAAUCUUUGACGAUGUAAACCAUGGAUAAAUGAGUGAUAUUGGACGCUGAUUUUCCCCCUCAAAAUCAAUUUGACAAUCAGUAAGGAUUCCGGGUUUUUCAAUAAACACGUAAGAAUUGUCAACAAUGUAAUCACUGUAUUUUAUGCGUUUGUAAAGAAUCAAAAUACAUUAAACCAUAUGUUUCAAAGAACAUUAUCCUUCUGUUUAGUGACUCUAAUAUCCACUUAUUAUCCACAUGAAGCUUUAAUAAAUUUGAAGAGAUACUCCAGGCUGAAAAUAAUUUGACUUGAUCAGAUAAAAGAAAAUAAAACAAAACACUGAAAAUUUUUAUCAAAAUCGGCCAUGGAAUUAGAAAUUUAUGGCUCAUCUCGUAUCCCUACUUGUUAUUUUGUGUUUUAUAACAUGAACUUAAAUAUUUUUAUCCUCCAAUAACUAAAGAAAUGGAUUAACAACUAAUUUGAUGCAUUAAAGAAUCAGUGCUGCAACUCAUUUCAUUGUAAGGGAGACAUGUCAUUCACACAUAUGAAAAUAUGAAACAAUUACGAUUUCAUGUAAUAAUAUAAGAAAAGGAAAUUUGGGAUAUGACAUCAUCAGCACACCAAGUGAAUAUUCAUGACAACGUGCAUAUAUAUUAUAAAUAUUCCUAAACUCUUAUGUUCAAUAACUCUGUUAUUGUCAUCCGAUUUUGAUGAAAUUGUCAGCACUUUGCUCGGUGAAUUUUACUCUCUUUUCAGCCCGGGGUACGCUUUUUAGUCUUGUAUGGUUGAAAUUGCAACAGAAGAUAUCCGAUAUAUCAGCAGGUUUUGGUAUUCGAAGGUUUAAAAUAACUCUCUAGGUUGUGCAGUAAACCUAUUCCUUUAACAGCAUUUACGAGGUUAACCUAAAAAGUGAUUUUAUAUUUAAACGCAACCCCUCCACCGUCAUUUUUUUUACUCAAUGCGGGCCAUUGCUACCUGACAAUUCAUUUCUCUUGAACAUAUGAAAAAUAAUCUAACACACUUUAACAUUAAGGGUAAUUCGACUUUGGUAUGAUUUUACCCAGGCUGGUUUUAGGUGAAAGCCCCCCCCCCCCAUAAAAAAAGACGAGAAAUAGAAAAUAGAAUAAUAAUAAAAGGAUUAAUCAGGAUGGCAUAUAAAUUAUGCUCAGAAAAGGAAUGGAAAGAUACGAAUGAUUGAAAAAGGGUUAAUUUGCACGUUUUAGAUUAUUCUAAUAAGAAAUAUGUUAAUUCAAAGAUUGUUAUAAAUGUGCGUUCCCCCUAACAAACCUUUUCUUUCUCUGGGAAAUAUCAAAACUAAAUCUAAUUUGUACACAUAGGUGUUGUAUAUCCCUGAAAAAGAAGGGAACAUCGUUCUGACGCCGGCCAAACUCCCCGUCCAAUGCAUGUUUGAUUUAGAUAUUACGAUAAAGUACAUUACUUGGCAUUAGGCUAAUCCCAUCAAAACAGCUGUUAUAUUUCGCAUGCCAAAUGAUAUGUAGUAACAGUGGCGUACCGAGGG